UUCCCGCCAACGCUAAUCUUUUGGCGCAUCCUCAUUACUCUCUCCAUCCCUCCCUAAAAUGAAUUUGAUGACAACACAACAUUAGGGCACCGGUCUGGUCUGGUCUCCACCGGAGUUCAAGACUUGAAGCCCCAACAUUCGUCAUCAGGUUCAGAACACGGCGGCUCGUGGAAGAGGACGAAGAAUGGGAAUACAAGGCCUUUUGCCUCUUUUGAAGUCGAUAAUGGUGCCUAUCCACAUCAGGGACUUAGACGGCUGUUUUGUUGCCGUUGAUACGUACUCUUGGCUCCAUAAAGGUGCCUUGUCUUGCAGUACUCAGCUAUGCAAAGGAUUACCCACUUCCAGGCACAUUGAAUAUUGCAUGCACAGAGUAAAUUUAUUGCGGCAUUAUGGUGUUAAACCUAUUCUUGUCUUUGAUGGUGGUCUUCUGCCAAUGAAGAUUGAACAAGAGAACAAGCGUGCAAGAGCAAGGAGGGAGAAUCUUGCACGUGCUAUUGAGCAUGAAUCAAAUGGAAAUUCUGCUGCAGCUUAUGAAUGCUACCAGAAGGCUGUUGAUAUUUCACCUUCAAUUGCUCAUGAACUAAUCCAGAUCUUAAAGCAGGAGAAUGUUUCUUAUGUUGUGGCUCCUUAUGAGGCUGAUGCCCAAAUGACCUUCUUGGCAGUAAGCAAACAAGUUGAUGCGGUCAUCACUGAGGACUCUGAUCUUGUACCAUUUGGUUGUCCCAGAAUUAUCUUCAAGAUGGACAAGUAUGGACAAGGUGUAGAGUUCCACUAUUCAAGACUUAAGCUGAACAAGGAGCUAAGUUUUGCAGGAUUCACCCAUGAAAUGCUUCUUCAAAUGUGCAUCCUGAGUGGUUGUGAUUAUUUACAGUCAUUGCCAGGAAUGGGACUUAAAAGGGCUCAUGCUCUAAUUAAAAAAUUCAAAAGUUAUGAAAAGGUAAUCAAGCACCUGAGAUAUAGCACAGCUUCUGUUCCUCCUCUUUAUGAAGAGUCUUUCCAGAAGGCAAUAUGGACCUUCAUGCAUCAAAGGGUUUAUGACCCUACAACCGAAGAUAUUGUACAUUUAUCUGUCAUAUCUGAUAAUCUUGGUGAUGAUUUUGACUUCUUAGGCCCAACGAUACCACAACACAUAGCUAAAGGAAUAGCGAAAGGUGAUCUGGAUCCAUUUACCCAAAUGCCAUUCAAGGGAGAAAAUGCUAGUUCUGGAGUGGUGCUUAACAGAAUGUCUGAAUGCAAAAAUUUUAAACCUGAAAGUGGAAGGAAAAAGCUAGAUUUACCUGUGCAGAAGAAUGUUCUAACCAAGUACUUCUGCGUUGCAUCUCUUGAAGCAAAGAGAGAAUUCAGGGCUCCUCGAACUUCACCUAUAAAUUCAAGUCCAGUAGAUAAUUCUCACAGUCCCAAGGAAUAUUGCAGAUUAAAGAGUGCAUCUAGUAGUAUGCACUGCUCUUCAGAAUCCCCACUUGACUCUGAAAAUGGGGGAAGCACCCCACCCAAUGACACAGUGGAAAGUGGGUUUGCUGCUGAAGUUCUUGAAUUUUCAGAGUCUCCAACUCUUGGCAUGUCUAAUGAGGAGGAGAGUACCAAAAAUACAUUGCUCCAACAAUUUGGGCAUUCAAUGCAUAAAACUUGUGAAGCAUUACUAAAGGAGUGUGAUUGCAAGAAUGUUCAAAUGCCAAAUGCAGUUGAAGACAAAAGAACGGAGAACAAAAAGGUCAUUGUACAGAGUUCUUAUUUUAAUCACAAAUCAAAAAACAAGAGUGAUGAAGAUGAUAAACAAGAAAAACUCUUAGUCAAGGAUGAUGUUGCAAGUGAUCCAUUUGACAGUGUCAUUCUUAAGAGUACUUACAAGACAAGAGCAGCAAAGAAUAAGGUCGUCGUAAGGAGCUCUUAUUUUCAGCACAAGUCAGUAAACAAGAAUGAUCAGGUGAAUGAACAAUUUCAAAGGCUCUUAGUCAAGGAUGAUGCAGCAAUGGAUAAUGAAAUGAAUGAUGAUAUCAUUCUUGAAAGUGCUUCUUCUGAUAAUAAUGGCAUCACCAUGAAAAGAAAGACAUCUCCAAAUGACACUGUUCUAAGAGAGAAUAUGAAACCCAAGCGUCUUCAUGCAGAUGGAUCACUUUUUGAGAAUGGUUGCUGUCCUCGUAAUCUUGACGAAACAUAUGUGGAACAAAAGACAGAAGGAAAGUUUGGAUCUAAUAUUUCACAUAUAGACCAUUACUCUGACAUAGCGGAGAAAUCAAUGGAGAGAUUUGUUUCAGUCAUAUCAUCAUUUAGAUUCUCCUCAUCUGGUUCUCGUGCUAGUGGUCUUCGUGCCCCUCUAAAAGAUAUUCGAAACACAUGUAACAGUAGGUCAAAUGCUGAUGUGGAUUUUAGCCAUUAUGCUUAUACACCAACCAACAAUAAGCGUCAGAAGACUGGCAUAGCAUUGCGCAGAUGCUGAUUGGCUGAGAGUCGUAACUGAUUUCAUUAGCAGGAUCUCUGGAUUCUAUUUUUCUUUUAGAAUGGCCAAGUUUAUUCAAAAUUCAUUUUUGGAUUACUUGAGGCAUUUAGUUGCUCUGCCAGUUGUACAAGUGAUGUUCCUCAUAUUCCUGUAAGUUGAGAUGUUACAUUUUGAUUCUUUAUACUUUGAUUUUCAUUUAUGUGGAACUCCUUUGAUUGCACAAUGUCCCAAUGAAUCUGAUUUUUGUAUUAUUAAUUUGCUAUUGCUUACGAUCUAAUAACCCGGAGAUGGAUUUGAAACUUAAGAAUCAAUCUUAAAAGAAUUUUACUUUAUUGAUGAA